CCAGGCCGUGUGCUUCACGGCGCGGAACCGCUUCGCGGUGCUGCAGUCGGGCGGUUCCGUAGGCAUCUACAACCUGCAGAAUGAGCUGUCCAAGAAGUUCGACCCGCCUGUCUCCACGGACUAUAUUUUUCCAGGCGGCAACAACCGCAUCCUGCUGAAGAGCGAGGAGAAGGUCGUGAUGUACGACUUGACAGCGCGGAAGACGGUGGAUGAAGUCAGCGUGGCGGGGGGCGUGCGGUACGUGGUUUGGUCGCAGAACGGUGCCUAUGUGGCCUUCAUGUCCAAGCACAAUGUCCUGCUGGCGGGGAAAAACCUGGAGUACUACCACUCCUUCCACGAGAACAUCCGGGUGAAGAGCGGCGCCUGGGAUGAGAACGGCGUGUUCAUCUACUCCACUCUGAGCCACGUGAAGUAUUGCCUGCCCAACGGAGACAGCGGCAUCAUCCACUCCUUGGCCAAUCCGAUCUACAUCGUCCGGGUGCACAAGCAGGGCAUGUACUUCAUUGACCGCGAGCAGAAGGUGGGCAAGCAGCGGCUGAACUGUUCGGAGUACCUCUUCAAGCUGGCGCUGCACAAGCGCAACUUCAACGACGUGAAGCUUUGGAUCACCAACGGCCGGCUUUGCGGCAACGCGGUGAUUGGCUACUUGAAGCAGAAAGGCUUCCCCGAGGUCGCACUCCACUUCGUGGAGGAUCAGCAGACCCGCUUCAACUUGGCCCUGGAGUACGGCCACAUCGAAGAGGCCAUGACCGCCGCCCAAGAGUUGGACGAGCGGAGCAGUUGGAAUCGGCUUGGCCUGGAGGCCCUUCGCCAGGGCAAUCAGCAGAUCGUGGAGAUGGUCUAUCAGAAGACAAAGAACUUUGACGCACUGUCCUUCUUGUACCUCAUCACCGGCAACAUGAACAAGCUCAGAAAGAUGCUGAAGAUUGCCGAGAUGAGGGGCGACGUCAUGUCGCGUUUCCACAAUGCCUUGAUGCUGGGCCAAGUGGAGGAGCGAGUGAAGAUCAUGGCGGAGAUGGGCCAGGUGCCUUUGGCGGCGGUCACGGCGAGGGCUCACCAACUCAAGGAGUACAUGGAGAAACUCGAGGAGCAGCUGCAGGGCAACGACAUUUUGUCCCAGAUCCCCAGCAAGACGGUGCUGUUGGUGCCUCCAGUGCCCUUGUGUCGCCCUGUGGCCGGCGAUUCGGCCAACUGGCCGCUGCUGACGUCCACCAAGAAGAUCUUCGAGAAGAGCAGCUUCGAGGCCGCGGCCCCGCCGCCCAUGCCGGGCUCGGAGGCCUUUUUGGAUGCCCAGGAGGAUGCCCCGGAGGACACAGAAGAGCCCGCCUGGGGCGACGAGGACAACGCCCUGGAUUUGGGCGGCGACAUGGGCGGCGGCGACUGGGGAGGCGACCUGGACCUGGGUGACUUGGGCGGCCUUCCGGAGCCGGUGGAGCACGUGGAGGAGCGUGGCGUCAACCUGACGCUGGGCGAUACCUGCCAGGCCAAGUGGCUCAAGCGCCGGCGCCUGCCCUGCGAUCUGGUGGCGGCCGGCGACUUCGAAGAGGCACUUGGACUGCUGAAGCGCCGGCUGGGCCUCAUGAACGUGGAGCCUUUAGAGGCCAUCUUCAAGGAGGCCUACUGGGCCACAUGCAGCUCAUUGCCAGCACUGCCGCAGAUGCCCUCGCUGCACUGGCCGCUGCUCUCGGAGGGCAGCGCCAAGUCUCGGGAGCUGGCGCCAAAGAUCCUCUUUACUCCGCAGGUGAUUCUGGAUCGUGCCAGGGAGGCUUUGCGGAUGAUCACCUCGGGCAAGUUCAACGAUGCGCUGGCGGCCUUCCGCGGCGUGCUGCAGGCGAUCCCGAUCUCCGUGGCCAACGAUGCCAACGAGGAGCGACAGCUCACCGAGAUGAUUGACACUUGCAGGGAGUACGUGAACUUCGCUCGGCUCCAGGUGGCCAGCAAAAAGCUGACACCGGACAAGGCUGCGCGAAUCAUCGAGCUCAACGCCUACCUGACCUGCUGUAAGUUGCAGCCGUACCACCAGUUCUUGGCCUGCAAGUCUGCGAUGGGAGCCUGCUACAAGGCAGAGAACUUUGUGACAGCGGCCUCUUUCGCGAAGAGGAUGGUCCAGGGCAAUUUUGGCCCGCCGGAGAAGGUCAAGGAGGACGUGCAGAAGGCGAGACAAGUCCUGCAGAUCUGUGAGCAGAAGGCGACGGACAAGCACAACAUCAACUUCGACCCCAAGGCCGCAGUGGAGGACGUGAAGAUCUGCGGCGGGUCCCUGUCCGCCAUCUCCGCGGCGGAGACGCCCUUGGCGUGCCCCUACUGCAGCACCUCGUACAUGGCCUCCUUCAAGGGCAAGCUGUGCGAGACCUGCCAACUGUCCGAGAUCGGCGCCAACACGCUCGGCAUCCAGCUGAGACCGAUUUGAGCAGACGUGGAAGCCUGCGAAAGAACGCA